GAAGUGAUCUGUCACAAAUGCAAUGUGACAUGCUUCGGGGGAAAACUAAUUUACAAAAAAGAAAAGGAAAGACAUUUUUGGCAGCUCUUGACUGUUGAGACUAUGUGUUUCAAUUUCUCUUUAGAAAGUCCUGUCCGUGGGCAAUCAAUGUUUUAAUACUGAAUGUCAAUCUUGCUUAGAUUUCCAGCAUCCACCUAAGUGACAGGUUUAUUCAAGAGUGGAAAUGAACCCAAAAAAUUCAGUGGGCUGUAUUCUGCUGCUACUUUUCCAGUGUGGACCAUGGACAAAUGCAGAAAAGGCAUUGGAACUUGCUAAUUCACACAUGCUGCCAACUGGAGGGCAUAGAAAACUCAUCAAUGCUCAUGCAGAAGGAUAUCCACGGGACUGCAGUGAGAUUUUUAAACAGUCUGAAGAAAACUCCAAAGAUGGCCUUUAUGUCAUUCAACCAGCAAAGGAGCCCAUUGCUGUAUACUGUAGUAUGCAAGAUGGUGGCUGGACAGUAAUCCAGCAUAUUACAGCCAACAGUACAGUAGACUUUGAUAGGACUUGGCAGGACUACAAAUAUGGAUUUGGUUCAAUUGAUGAUAAUUACUGGUUAGGAAAUGAAUACAUGCACCAGUUGACCAGCUCUGCGACACCAUACACACUUAGGAUUAAACUUGUAGACCUAAAUGCUCAAAUCAAGUGGGGGGAAUAUGAACCAUUCCACAUAGAAAGUGAAUCAUCCCAAUACAGGAUCAGACUUGGCCUGUAUAGAGGUAGUGCCAUUGAUGCUCUGUGCCAGGAUACAGAAGCAUAUCUCCAUGAUAACCAGAAGUUCACUACAAAAGACAGAGAUAAUGACAACUAUUUCCAAAACUGUGCCAAACUAGAGUACAAUGGUAUUGCUGGUGGGGGCUGGUGGUAUGAUGCAUGUGCAGGAGCAAAUUUAAAUCGCAAGAAUGUCAUUUACUGGCAACAGGACUGCAACAAAACACAUAUGUGCAAGUAUGCAUGGAUGAUGGUCAAACCUGUUGAUUACCGUCAGGACUGUUCCAAAGUUUGUCUAUCUCAGAAAGAUGAACUGUAAACAACAUUGUAAAAUUGAUC